UUAAACAGCUUUUCAUUUGCGCGCUGUGACAGUCCCGAGAAUAGGUGUUUUAUGCGUUUUCAGAAGGGAUUUUUUGAUUGUCACACUAUGAUAAUUGUUUCAUAAUAUUGCUGCAGGGUAAUGCGCGGCUUUGCACCAACCGAGAUGAAGUUCCACUAGUUGAAACGUUGGUGGGAAGACAAAGCUUGUGUACAGCUGCACAGGAUAUCGUGUGACCAAUGCAGAGCUGCAGAGAGGGGAUCGGAUUCCAACAUGUCAGGAGGAAGCUGGAGGAGCAUAUUCACUAAUCUCCGGUCGAUUUGGACGCCCCGGCGGCUGAAAUAAAGAGACCUUGGGCAGAUGUAUACAUAAACUGGUACAAGCCGCACCACUGGCAGAAGACAAGGGGUGGGGGGCGGGGGGGGAUUCGUGCUUCUCCGCUCCGCUCUGCUCUCCUCUGCCUCGUCAGUACGCACGGAUGAAAGUCACAGUUAAAAUGCAUGCGGCAACUCUUGUCUGAUGUGGGAUUUUUAUUCGCCCUUCACUCUUUGCUAUGUAUAAACUUUGGUUUGGUUGAUUUUCCGAGAUGACACUGCUAAUUUCAGUCGCCGCUGGAAGAGCACGGGAGCCCGGUUUGCCGCGCUGGCUAUCACGUUAUUGGCGUGAAUGAGACUGUAUAUGCGCUCUUCCAUGCCUGGUUUAUGGAGCUAAACGCCGAGGAGACUUGACUUCAUUUUUUUCUUUGUUUUAUUUUCUUCCCUUCCUAUUUUUUUUUAACCUUUUUUCACAGGAGGGCGGCUAAAAUUCACAGCAAAAGCCAUGUUUUCAUUGAGACUGGAGAAAAAACACGGGGCUCGGCCGUGAUUUUCGGGAUGAUUUGGUGUUUAGCUGGAUCUGCACGAUGACACCUCAUAUUGGCACUGCACUUGAGUGAGCUGGGGCAUCUUCUCCCAGGAAAAAUGCAUAUCUGGAUACUAAAAAUAAUCCUUCUGAUUGCAUCAUCUCUAAGGCUGGUUGAGAUGUAUGACAAUUAUGGAGAGAUUUGUCGACACCUGUGUAUGUGUGAGGAGAAGGAAGGGAUCCUGACGGUGAGCUGCGAGAACCGGGGGAUCAUCAGACUGACAGAGAUCAGCCCAGUUCAUUUCCCCAUGUACCACCUCCUGCUGACAGGGAACCUCCUGAAGAAGCUAUCAGUCAAUGAUUUCAUCAAUUACACCGGGGUGACCAUCCUGCACUUGGGGAACAAUGAUAUCUCUGAGAUAGAGUCGGGUGCCUUCAAUGGACUCCAGGGAUUAAAAAGGUUGCACCUGAAUAACAAUAAGAUUGACAUUCUAAGGGAUGACACCUUUGAGGGACUGGAGAGUUUGGAAUACCUACAGAUUGACUAUAAUUAUGUUACUAAUAUAGAACCCAAUGCCUUGAGCAAACUGCACCAACUAACAGUGAUGAUUCUGAAUGACAACCUUCUCUCUGUUCUCCCUCCGAAUAUCUUCCGGAAUGUCCCCCUCACACACUUGGACUUGAGGGGGAACCGGUUGAAAAUGUUUCCUUAUAUUGGCCUCCUGGAACACAUGGACAAAGUUGUGGAAUUACAACUGGAGGAGAAUCCGUGGAAUUGCUCCUGCGAGCUUAUUGCUCUGAAGGCUUGGCUGGAAAGUAUAGCCUACACAGCUCUGGUGGGAGAAGUGGUCUGUGAGACGCCGUUCAGGCUCCACGGUAGGGAUCUGGAUGAGGUGUCCAAGCAGGAACUUUGCCCACGAAGACCUCAAGAGGACACAGUCAGGCCUGCACCCCCUAGCAGCACCAGUGGAUAUUACCAAACCACACCAGCUGCUGUCACAGCUUCUGCCACCUCUUCAGCUGUUUUUCGGUCCUCUUCUAGGCCUACCAAGGGCACACGGCAAUUUAACAGAACUAGGUUAAAGCCCACUUCUCGAUUACCUGGCGGUAACCCAUACAACUAUGGCCCCAUCAUUGCUUUUCAGACCAAAUCUCCUGUGCCUUUGGACUGCCCCACUGCCUGCACGUGCAAUCUGCAGAUUUCUGAAAUUGGGUUAAAUGUCAACUGCCAAGAGAGAAAGAUAGAGAGCAUUUCUGAUUUAAAACCCAAGCCAUACAACCCUAAAAAGAUGUAUCUCACUGGAAAUUACAUCCCUGUGGUACGGAGAUCAGAUUUUGUCGAUGCCACUGGAUUGGAUUUGCUUCACCUGGGAAACAACAGGAUAAGUCUGAUCCAUGACCGGGCGUUUGGGGAUUUAACCAACUUGCGUAGGCUGUAUUUAAAUGGUAAUCUCAUGGACAGGCUUACAGGGGAAAUGUUUUUUGGCUUGCAGAACUUACAGUAUCUUUACUUAGAGUACAACAAAAUCCAGGAGGUGGAUACAGGCACUUUCCGCUUCCUUCCUAAUCUCCAAUUGCUUUUCCUCAACAACAACCUCCUUAAAACUUUGCCGGUGGGCAUCUUUUCCAGCCUCUCCCUGUCUAGGCUCAAUCUACGUAACAACCAUUUCCAAAACCUGCCUGUGAGUGGUGUUUUAGAUCAGUUGAAGUUGCUUGUGCAGAUAGAUCUGUUUGAAAACCCCUGGGACUGUUCCUGCGACAUAGUAGGAAUGAAGAUAUGGCUCGAGCAGCUCAGUGCAGGCACUGUGGUGAAUGAGGUUGUGUGUGAGACACCUAAACGGCACACGGGGAUGGACCUUCGCUCCAUCCAUUCAGAGCAGCUGUGCCCAGACUAUUCGGACGCCUACGUCUCCCCAACUCCCCCCACGGAUGAGCCCCUUGACGAUCAUGCAGUCACAACAGAUGCUCCCCAGAAGUUUAACACCUCCCGCAGCACUGUUCCCCUCUCCGUCCUCAUCCUCAGCCUACUGCUCGUCUUCAUCAUGUCUGUCUUUGUGGCUGCAGGGCUCUUUGUCGUGGUGAUGAAAAGACGCAAAAAGUCACAGAGCGACCGCACUAGCACCAACAAUUCGGAUGUCAGCUCUUUCAACUUGCAAUACAGCCUCUACAGCAACCGCUCUGGCCCUAAAGUUAAAGCCCCUGCUGGUCACGUCUAUGAGUACAUUCCUCAUCCGAUGGGCCACAUGUGUAAAAACCCCAUUUACAGGUCUCGGGAAGGCAACACAGUGGAGGAUUACCGUGACCUGCAUGAGCUCAAAGUAACAUACAGGAGUACCCCAGACGAGGAGAGGGAUAGCAAUACGAUGAGGAGUCCUACAUACAGCAUUAGCACUAUUGAGCCACGUGACAACCCUUCCCCCGUCCAGGAUGCAGACCAUUUCUUCAGAGGUAUCCUCGAACCUGAUAAGCAAUCCCCCCAUCAGUCAAUCCCAUCCAUCCCAGCAGGUGCCAAUUUAGAGUACAAGUACACCGGGCCUGUGUCAUACACAUACAACCCAAAUUUUGAUGUCAGACGUCAGUUCUUACACCCGGAGAGGAUAAGAGAAACAGUGCUCUAUGGCACAGCACCCAGUACUGUUUAUGUCGAGCCCAAUAGAAACGAGUAUUUGGAGCUAAAAGCUAAACUGCAGUCUGAGCCCGAUUACCUUGAAGUUCUGGAGAAACAGACCACCUUUAGCCAGUUCUGAGCAAAAGAAUCACUCACGUAAUGACACAUUUUCUCUCGCUCUCUUGGCCCUUUUUGAAAACAUUGGCUCAGAUAAUAGGGUGCCUUGGCACGACAUAAACAAACAGAAGCAGAGGAGUUGAGACGGGGUGUGCCGAACAGUCUUAUUCUUAUUUCUGAAACAUGACAUUUGCAGGAAUGGAUACAGCUUUCUGAAUCACAGAUGAACAAAUUGCUCCAGAUAACUGAUGAUGCAAAUUUUAUUUUUCUAUGGUGAAGAUGGAAUAAACACACAAAAAUCUAAGUGUACAGGUAAAUCCUACCCAACUUCAUUUUCAGGAAUAUAACCAUACAUAAGAAGGUAUAUUGUGAAUCAGAAAAAAGAAAUGUUUAUAAAAAAGAAAGGGAAAAAAAAUCACUCCUGGACAAAAACAAUGUACAGCAGAUCAUCAAAACUGUGUAGGACUAUUUUCUGCUGUAGUCUGUAAGUAAGUAUUUAUUGAUAUUAUCUGCCAUGUCUUUUCCAAACUUUUGAUUCUACAUCAAUAUUACCUGUGUCAUCAUACUCCAUGAUCCUCUGGAAAGGCUUAUGUUUGUAGUUUCAUUUACUGUAGCUCUGCAUUGUAAAAGUGGCUUUUUUUGAAAGUGGCACACCCCCAAAUGUUCAAAACAGACUGCAUCAUUUGAAGAAGAUGAAAAAAAAAAGUGUCUUUGUAUGCUUUCUGCACUUUUUUGGAAUUGGAAGGCGAGUUCGCUUUCAAUGAGUUCUCAUAAAAAGGAGAUUAUUAUAUUAAAAAUGAAUAUGAGUAUUCAUUCUUAAUAUGUAGAAUUGAUAUGUUAUCAAAAACUAAAUUCAUAAAUAAUAUUUGAAGUACUCAUUAUGUUGUGUAAUACUAUUUUAAUCAAUGUAACACCUAUUUUUAUACAAGCAUUGGCAGAUUCUCUAUCCCUUAGUUUUUGUUUUGAUUGCUUUGCACUUAUUGCACUAUAAUGACCAAACUAUGUUAUUGUCAUCAAAUAAACAUGAUGUCAGGUUCACAAAAUGUGCAUUUAAGGAGACUGAAGCUGGUGUUGGUGAUAUGAAGGAGGCCAUUUGGGUUUGGUUGAGUUGUGGGGUGAGCAAACCUUUGUCGAAACAUUGGUGGAUAACAUGUUUUGAACUCAAUCAAAUCUACUAAAGAUACAGUUUGUGCCUCUCUCAAGUGUGCAGCUAGUGUCUAAAAGAGGAUUGAAAUCAGUGGGUUCCGAUCAAUGAGCAUUAUCCCUUUGCAAUUAUACCAUGACAACAACCGCAUUACAGGCUGACAAGCAAUGAGGAGGUCAUUUUUUAAAAGCAUCAUUGGAGCUGAUUUGUGGUUUUAGUGUCCCAACAAAGCCAGUGGGUGUAAACCUUUUUAAGCAAUUAAUAUGUAAA